AUGGAAGAACCAGUCGAGGGACUGAGACAAGCCGCUAAUAUCCUGCUCCUGGUGGAGCUUGCGCAACAAGCUCUUAGCGAAGCGCAGAAAGCAAGCCUCUCACCAACGAGGAAGAUGGAGUUUCACGACCUUCGACCAGUCAUGGGCAAAAUGAAAGCAGCUUCAGAAUCAGCAUUGGGAACAAGCUUCUCGAGGGUAGACAUUGGGAAUAUCUAUCAAAGAGCUGAGGAAUGUUUGGAUGUAUCUGAGCAGCUUAUACGAUAUGCAAACAAGCAAUGGAAUGAAGGCGACGACCUGAAAAGCCUAGAGGCGGCAUUUGAAAAACUGAAAAGUCGGCUGAACCUUGGUCUUCUCACUUUUAUCGAAAAUUACGCGCAAAUGCCUCUGACAGCCCAGCAUGAGCUUAUCAAACAACUGUCAAGAUCUACGAAUCGAAAUGAAGACCGAAAGACAGAAUUUAAUGGCGGACACAGUGGCCGCAAAGAAGGAUUCGGAUUUUCAGUUGUCGAGUGCCUUGCUCCCAUUGAGGCCCCCGGAGAUCCAACCUCGAUCUUUUUUACACUACUUGUUGAUAUUAUUGAUGCUUUACAUCGCUCGGAGAUGCAGAGGGUCUUGGAUUCUCCUCCCAUUAUUAUUCAUGAUGCUCGGAGAUUUCAAGUUAUCAAGAUUAUCCUGAAUAUGCAAGGAUACAGAGCGCCCAGUGACAUGGAAGUGCGUGCCCGCAAUGAACACUGCGCUGCGUUCAACAAUAUAUUCUCUACGCCCGCAGCCGGUAAGAAUCCAUGGGUCAACUAUUGCCAAUGGCUCGAGUCGGAUGAGCAACUGUACUGGAUUACCGGUGAAAGGGAAUCGGGCAAGACAACCCUUAUGAAACUCAUCGCUCAUGGGCCUCAACAUCCUUCCCGUGAAUCUCUGGUUGGGUCGGUACCCUUUCUCCGCAAAUGGGCGAACGGAAAAACCCUGAUCACAGCAACCUUUCUCUAUAAUACGCCGGCGAAGAACGUGGAGCUUACAAUGGAGGGAAUGAUUCGGUCACUUCUUUUGCGGAUUCUUACAAAUUGCCCAGAGGCCAUGGAAAGAUUGAGUCCCACGAAGUGGGAAAGUAUCUGCCUCUUCGGGGACUCUUACUUUGUGCCUGAAGAGGAAAACCUUUCGAAUCUACUGAUUGAUGCACUCAAUACCCUCAAAGACAGUCAUGAAAUCUGUAUAUUCGUGGACGGCUUAGACGAGUUAGAUGGCGGUAAUGGAGAUGUCGCGCGGCUAUUCAAACGCAUUAUAAACGACACGUCAGCCAAAUUGUGCUUCGCCAGUCGUCUGCUUCCAACAUACCAAAACAUCUUGGGGAGCAGCCCCCAGCUCGAAAUUCAUCACCUUACAUACCGCCAGAUCGCGAUAUAUGUGGGAGAAGCAAUGAAGGCAAAUGAAGAAUUCUUUCAAUUCCAAAAGGACGAUACCGGGCCAGUAGCUAAGUUGGUGGACAGUAUUACGACCAAGGCGGCUGUUGUCUUCGUAUGGGCUCGUGCCGCGGUCAUUAUCAUGCUUGAUGGCUUCCAUCGUACAGACAAGAGAUCCGAUCUUUGCAAAAAGUUGGAUAGAAUACCACUGGAUAUAAAUGAGUUAUAUCAAAGUAUUCUUAACGAAAUGGAUCCUGAAAGCUUAAGGGUGUUGGCACAAAUAUUGCUCAUCAUGGGGAGCUGUGCCGAACCGCCUCCAGCCAUACUGCUUUCAUUCGCGUUGGAAAAGAAUCCCCAAUUUGCAAUAGAGCUACCACCGAAAAUACUGUUGCCUCAAGAUGCGCAGAAUCGCAUUACAGCAGUUUACAAGAGGAUCGAGGAGAUAAGCAAAAAUCUUAUUAUGUUUGACAAAAGAGAAGAAACACCCAACGCCUCGUGGGUUAACAUGUGCAGAGCCCUUUACGCCGAGGAAAAAUUCCGACAAUUCAUUCAACAAACCUCUCUAAAAGCCUUUCUUCAGAAGUCUGCCGGCGAGAAUUUCGACGUCCAUCUGCAGCUGUGCAGGGCAUAUUUGGCCUUGCACAAAGUAAGCGAGCCUCACAAGAAGCAGUUAUUAAGGAUGUAUUUUCACGAGCCUUCGUCUGCCGAUAGGGCGUUGAUUUACUGUAUGAGGCACGCGUCUUGCGUGGAACCUCGCCACAACUCCGAGAUGAUCAAUGUAUUGGACCGCAUUGAUAUCACCGGGCUCCCUCAAUCUAGACAGCCGUGGUGGCAAGUCGAUAGUUGCGCAACGAAGUUCCUUUGCCAAACGCAUAACUUGAACGAGUGUCAAGUUGGAGGGGAAAUGUGUGGCCCAAGCCUUCUCUCGUUGGCUGUCAAAUGUGGUGUGGUCGAGUACGUCAAGGCAAAGAUGCCAGCCAAUUGUUUGGUUCCUCUUGAGGAUGUAUACAGUACCAACCACCCGAAGGAUCCUUGGCCUCUUCUUCUUGAUGCCUUGGACAAUUCAUUCCCAAAUUCUAGAAUGGUUGAGGUCUUGCUGGAGGGUGGUGCGGAUCCGAACCUCGAGCUAUCUGGCUUGCGCUUCAGUCCUACUAUGUGGGGUCAUUAUUUGAGUCACUUGUUUUGCGUAAUCGAGGGUUCGGGAGUAGAGAGCGGAAGGUUGGACGAGUACGAAAAGAUAAUGCGCUUGAUGAUAAAGCACGGUGCCUCGCUGAGCACCGAAUCGCUGGAGAGAGCUGUCUCAAACCAGUAUCUGCGCAUCAGAAUCAGAGAGGAUUAUAUGAAUGACCUCGUCCAAGUGUUUCAAAGCGACUUUGAACAGAUCAGAACUAAUCCCGAGGCUCCACUUGACUUGGUAACCAUGGUGGCUCGUGGCAGAGAGGCAGGCGCUCGCAAUGAGGAGGCUAGGAAGAGGCCGUUGCUGUGA